CGGGGAUUGGCCUGCCUGAGGAGAGCCAUCCCGGACCCAGGAGGGGACCGCGAGCCAUGAGCGAGGCGGCGCGCCGGGCCAGACGGUGUGGGAGCGCGUCUGGGCUGGGAAGGCGGCGGCGGCGGCUGCUGCGGGGAGGAGGCGGUGGCGGCAGGAGCGGCGCGGAGGGACUCCCUUGCCUCGGCUGCGAGUAGGCGUCGCAUGGAGCAGCCCCUGCCUCUGCCAGCUCCAAGGGGCGUCGAGAGGGAGAGGGUUGGGGCUUCCCGGGCAGAAGAAGAACCCGAGGAGGGGCAGAGGCACCUCCAAAACCCAGUCCUGAGAGGAGGGAAACGGGGGCCAAGAGCGGCGCGGUUCCCUCGCAGCCUCCGGACGCCAAAGUUCCUCGAAGGCCGGGUUCUCCUCCUUUUUGCCCCCCGCCACAUUUCACUCUCUCCCUCAGUACCAAUUCGAAAGAAGCUUCUGAUACUUUUUCCCAAUAAAGGCAAGACGACCGACCUCCCAUUAGUAAAGCCUCCCAUAACUGGCAGGAUUGAAACGACCUGCUGAGAUUCCUUCGCCAGAGAAGAACUUUCUAUCCCACCCAAAGAGAGGACUUAGGUUGGAAUAAAAGGGCGGAGGGGAGGGAGGGAGGGAGGGGGGCAGAGACAGAGAGAGAGAGAGGCCAAUUUGCCCUUCAGCGUUUCUCUCCAUCCUGCACAGAGAGGGAGAGAGAGAGACAGAGAAAGGGGGGCAGAGCGAGCGAGGCCGCUGGAGGGAGAAGCCAGCGCGGGGUCUUCCAGGACAGACACAGGAAGGCGGCCCGGGGUUGGCUGCUGCUGGGGCGGAGGGUGGGCUUUGCUCUCCUCUCCUCUCCCUCGCCCCCCCCCCCCCGCCUCACCCGCCCGCCUCCUUCCCCAACCUGCACCAUCCAGGCUGAAGCGGAUGCCCGAGGAAGAAGACGGAGCCGACUCCAUGAUAUUUCCCCGUCCCCGCUCCUCCUUUCUUCUGCCUCCGAGAAGCCAAGGAAGAAGGAGGAGGGCUCGCGCUUGGCGGAGAGGCGCCGAGGGAGGUCGCGGCGGGGAAGGGACAAAAAGCACGGACCGGAGGCAGGACCCGCUUCGUCGGCGAGGAAGGCGAGGAGUUGGGCGGAAGAGGCUGCCGGGGAGCCCCUCUCGGACUGACUGCCCAGCCCCGCGUCGGGACCGAGAAGAAGGGGCCGAAGGAGGAGAGGAAAGAGAAGGAGGAGAAGGGGGCGCCCCCUCCCCGAGAGGCCUCUCCCGGCUCUGCUCGCGGCGGGACCCCCUCCCCCUUCCCCUCCUCGUCCUGGGACCCCGGGGGCCGAGGAGCCCUCCUCCCCGCUCCUCCCGGGCGGAACAGGUGCCCCUCGAAGGGGAGGGCGGAGAGCCCGGCCCCCGGCUGUAGCCCUCCUCUCUCUCUCUCUCUCUCUCUCUCUCUGUUUCCCUUGCCCCUCCGCUUCCCGUCUCUCUGCGGGGGUGGUGAUGAUGGAGGCCGGGGACCGGGACAUGUACCGCCAGUUCCAGGACUGGUGCCUCCGGACUUACGGAGACUCGGGCAAAACCAAGACGGUGACGCGCAAGAAAUACGAGCGCAUCGUCCAGCUCCUCAACGGCGCCGAAGGCAGCUCCACGGACAACGCCAAAUUUAAAUUCUGGGUCAAAUCCAAAGGCUUCCAGCUGAGCCGUCCGGACGAGGUCGGCGCUGGGGUCGGAGGAGGAGGAGGAGGAGGAGGGAAGCAGGUGCUCUACGUGCCAGUCAAGACCACGGAUGGAGUUGGCGUAGAUGAGAAGCUGUCUUUAAGACAGGUAGCUGUUGUUGAAGAUUUCUUUGACAUAAUCUACUCCAUGCAUGUGGAAACAGGGCCCAAUGGAGAACAAAUUAGGAAACACGCUGGACAAAAAAGAACGUAUAAAGCAAUUUCAGAGACCUAUGCCUUUCUACCAAGAGAAGCAGUGACACGAUUUCUAAUGAGUUGUUCAGAAUGCCAGAAAAGAAUGCAUUUAAACCCAGACGGAGCUGAUCAUAAAGAUAAUGGAAAACCUCCAACUUUGGUGACCAGCAUGAUUGAUUACAAUAUGCCAAUUACAAUGGCCUACAUGAAGCACAUGAAACUACAGCUAUUGCACUCCCAACAAGAUGAGGAUGAAAGCUCCAUAGAAAGUGAUGAAUUUGAUCUGAGUGAUUCCACCAGGAUGUCUGCUGUAAACUCUGACCUCAGUUCCAAUCUGGAAGAAAGAAUUCAAAGUCCACAGAAUCUUCAGGGCCAGCAAGAUGAUGAUUCGGCUGCAGAGAGUGUUAACGGAAAUGAGAUUGCGGGACACAGUUCCAGUGCUUCAGGGGGAACACACUGCAGGGAAAUGGCAGAAGCCAACAGUAAUGGAAAAACAACUCUGGAACCGGACGACCAGCCUCUGAACUUGAGUGACAGCCCCUUCUCUACUCAGCUGACUUCAGAAUACAGGUUAGAUGACCAAAGCAGUGAUGGAAAGAACACGUACAAGAACAUCCUAGUAUCUGAUCUUAAGAUGGAGCAAGAGGCAAAAGAAAAUGGAAGCAAGUCACCUGCCCACAGCUUUUCAAGCUACGAAUCUGGAAAGAAUGAAAGCAUGGACAGAGGUGUUGAAGAUCUCUCUCUAAACCGUGGAGAGGAAGAUGAAGAUGACCAUGAUGACCAUGAAGAUGUUGAGAAAGUUAAUGAAUCUGAUGGAGUAGAAGCUGAGCGCCUGAAAGCUUUUAACAUGUUUGUCAGGCUGUUUGUAGAUGAAAACUUGGACCGAAUGGUCCCAAUCUCUAAGCAGCCCAAAGAAAAGAUCCAGGCUAUCAUUGACUCAUGCAGGCGACAAUUCCCUGAGUACCAAGAGCGUGCCAGAAAGCGUAUACGUACUUACCUCAAGUCCUGCAGGCGGAUGAAAAGGAGUGGUUUUGAGAUGUCUCGACCCAUUCCAUCACAUCUUACUUCAGCAGUAGCGGAGAGUAUUCUAGCUUCAGCCUGCGAAAGUGAAAGCAGAAAUGCUGCAAAGCGGAUGCGAAUGGAUCGUCAGCAGGAUGAAACUGCUCCAGCUGAAAAAUCAUUUAAACAAGAACCCACCCAGGUCACUUACUCAACAUCAGCUGUUUCCAGCACACAGGAGGUGUUGUACAUAAAUGGAAACGGGACCUACAGUUACCAUAGUUACAGAGGGUUAGGAGGAGGUUUGCUAAAUCUCAGUGAUGCUUCUACCAGUGGUCCAACUGAUCUCAGUAUGAAGAGACAGCUAGCAACCACUUCGGGAUCUUCUAGCAGUACCAGCUCUAGACCUCAGUUGAAUCCAACUGAAAUUAAUGCUGUACGGCAACUGGUUGCAGGAUACCGAGAAUCAGCUGCUUUUUUAUUGCGUUCAGCAGAUGAACUAGAAAACCUUAUUUUGCAGCAGAACUGAGACAUGUGAUGAUCCUGCUGACCUAGUUAUAUCAUAUAAUUUCCACUAAUGACAUUUUGAUUUCCCAGAGCAAAUCUUUUCAUUACCGCACAGUCUUGUUGACGAGUUAAUUACCAUAAUGCCACACUGUUCUUGCUGUUCUUGGUGUGUUAGGGUUCUUCAAGUGAACUUGAACCUCCAGAAUGUCUGAGGUACCUUACUAUAUCCAGCCUAUUGCUUAAUGUGCAUUUGUUCUAGUGUUUCAGCAUCAAUAACAAAAAGUGGCUAGAAAUGUUAACUCGCUCUAACAUGGACAGAAACAGAAGAUACCUGGGGUUUUUAAAUCAGUCCAAAAUCCAAGUGCAAUAUUAGUGGAAUGUGCUAUUGACUCAGUGAACUCUAAGCUGCAUUAAAUGGCAAGGUCUUGCCAAAUGCCCUGUUGUUAACAGGAUGCAAUUGCAAUGAAAAGGAUCUUGUAUUUUAAAGAAAAUGUAAUUUUUAUAGAAAAAAAACAAGACAAAAAUGUUUUCAUUCUAAAUUGAUCAUUUUUACUUUGCUAAUUUUUUCACUGAUUUUUCAAAUAAUGUUUUGAGGAGUUAUUGUACAUCCUCUUUUUUGAAAUCUCUUUCCAAUCCACAUUUAUUUUGCAAUUAGUACUUUUUUUGAUGGUCAGCCCCAUUCCCUGGUGGAGCACUCCACAAAUAUCUGUGAGAUGACUUCCAAAGGAAGUAGACACUCAUGUCAUUUUCACUUUGAUUUCAUGAGUUUCAGUUUUAUUACCAAUUGGUAAACACAUAAGCACUAUUUUUAAAAGACAUAUCAUUAAUUUUUAAGCGGUUUCCUACAAGCUAGCUCACUGAACUCCAGGAUUGCUGCUGCUGUCUUGUACAAGUCCUUCUAGUAGUGAAUGGAUGUAGAUGAUUGAAUGUGAAGAGGUUGCAAGUGACAAUCGGAAAAUUUGCACUCUUGUGUGUAUUUAUUUCUUUUUUGUUUUGAUUUUUAAAUGAAUAUAUAACUGAAAAGGGCCAUUGACACUUCUGGUGUGAUUUUUUAAAUGCUAAUACUGAACUGUUUUAAAAAAACAUGUAAAGGAUGCAGCUGCCACUUAAAACAAAAACCCCUUCUCCUGACUUCCCUUACUUCCAUUUCUUAUUUUAUGAUGUGAAUUAUGCAUCAAUUGUGUUUUUGUUGUGCGCUAAGGAAAACUUAUUUUUGUGUAAUUAGAGAGAAAAGUAUUUUAGUUCAUGCUUAUUGUAAUACCUGUUAUGUUGGUUAGCUUUUGUUAAAUAACAAGUUCCUUGUGCAUUCCUGAAUUUGCCUUAUUUUGUGUACAAUUUUUAUGUACUUUGGUUUUUGACAAUGAGUUUAAGGCAUUGGUGAUAUUUUCUAUCUACUUGUUACAUAUAGUUUUUCAAGUAAUGACUGUGAUUGUGACAAAGUAAUGUGCACUUUUUCUUGUAACUGUGGACAUUGCUAUGCUUUUUUCCCUUUAGUGUUUCUAGAAUUACUGUUGCUUACAGUUACGUUUUUUUAAAAAGACAACUUUUGUGAUACUGUUGGUGAAAAUCAAUGUUAAAAAGCCUAUUGAAAUGAGUGUUUUGGAGAAACCUAAAUACACAAAACCUUUUCUUUUACAUUGUGGACUCAUAUGUUCACAAAUUUAAAUGAAAUUUUAAAAAAAAUGAGGGCUGGGAAAAAUCCUCUGUUUUCUUUGAGUAAAUAAACAAACAUCUGUGUUUCAA